CCCCGGCUGACCGAAUCGCCGCGGCGGGGAGGGGCCCCUAGGGCAGGGUCCGGACACUCCAGCCCUCCUCCGGUCCCCAGCUGGGAGUCGCUGGCGCGCGCCAGCUGCGAACGCGGCGGGGGCCCCACAGCUGCCGGUUGUCUUCACCCCCAGCUGUGAGGCCGAGACUCCCCCAGGCUCGGAAGGCGCCCCACACCUGCUGCGGCUAUGCUCCAUCUCCCCGCAGCCGCGGGGCUGAGCACUCCCGUGACAAGAGGCCCGCCACCGGGGCAGUUGCCCUGAUCAAACCUAAAACCCUAAGGCAGUGAUCUGGCCGUACCUCAAUGGACCCUGGGGGCAUCUUGAAGGCAUUUCCCAAGCGGAGGAAAAUUCAUGCCAAUCCAUCAUCAAAAGCACUUACAAAGAUUACCAAGCAAGAAGGUGGAGAAGAAGCAGGAGAGUGGUUGAGCUCCCUUCGGGCCCAUGUUGUGCCCAGUGGCAUUGGGCGAGCCCGGGCAGAACUCUUUGAGAAGCAAAUUAUCAAGCAUGGUGGCCAGAUAUGCGCUGCCCAGGCCCCAGGGGUCACUCACAUUGUGGUGGAUGAAGGCAUGGACUGUGAGCGAGCCCUCCGCCUCCUUCGACUGACCCAGCUACCCCAGGGUGUUCAGCUGGUAAAGUCGGCCUGGCUGAGCCUGUGCCUGCAGGAGAAAAGGCUAGUGGACACAGCAGGAUUCAGCAUCUGCAUCCCCAACAGGUGCCUGGACCAACCACAGCUCAGCAAGGCAGACCAAGACUUUUCUGUGCCUCCUGGAGCCCGUGAGGCUGUGCUCAGGACAGCCCUUUCUCCUUCCCGUCCUCCCACCAGGCCUGUAUCUCCUCCCCGGAGGACAGAGGAGGCCCUGAGCACCCAAGCCCAGCCUGGCAUUGAUGAUGAAACCAGUGACGAGGAAGAGACCCAGGUUAGCGCAGCUGAUCUGGAAGCCUUUAUCAGCGGCCACUACUCCACCCUCCUUGAGGGAGAUGGUGAGCCUAGUCCAGCCCCUAAGGGCCUGGAUAAGUGGGUCUGUGCACAGCCUUCGAGCCAGAAGGCGAUCAACCACAACCCCCACCUCACAGAGAAGCUGGAAGUGCUGGCGAAAGCCUACAGUGUUCAGGGAGACAAGUGGAGGGCCCUGGGCUAUGCCAAGGCCAUCAAUGCCCUCAAGAGCUUCCACAAGCCUGUCACCUCCUACCAGGAGGCCUUCGGUAUCCCCGGGAUUGGAAAGCGGAUGGCCGAGAAAAUCGCAGAAAUCCUGGACAGCGGGCAUCUGCGGAAGCUGGACCAUAUCAGUGAGAGUGUGCCUGUCUUGGAGCUCUUCUCCAACAUCUGGGGAGCUGGAACCAAAACUGCCCAGAUGUGGUACCAACAGGUCACACCAUGUCCCAGCACCCACUUCGGUUUUACUUUCUCAGAGGGUUUCCGGACCCUAGAAGACAUCCGCAACCAGGCCUCCCUGACUACCCAGCAGGCCAUUGGCCUGAAGCAUUAUGAUGACUUCCUGGAACGCAUACCCCGGGAGGAGGCUACAGAGAUUGAGCAGACAGUAAGCAGUUGUCCCAGAGCAGUGAGGAGAGCCAGGCCUUGCUAUAAGGUCCGGGAAGCAGCUCAGGUCUUCAACCCCAGGCUGCUGUGUGUGGCAUGUGGUUCUUACCGCCGGGGGAAGGCAACCUGUGGUGAUGUGGACGUGCUGCUCACUCACCCGGAUGGCCGGUCUCACCAGGGCAUCUUCAGUCCUCUCCUCGACAGCCUUCGGCACCAAGGGUUCCUGACAGAUGACCUGGUGAGCCAGGAGGAGAACGGCCAGCAGCAGAAGUAUUUGGGGGUGUGCCAGCUACCCGGGCCGGGGCGGCGGCACCGACGACUGGACAUCAUCAUUGUGCCCUACAGCGAGUUUGCCUGUGCCCUGCUCUACUUCACUGGCUCUGCCCACUUCAACCGCUCCAUGCGGGCUCUGGCCAAGACCAAGGGCAUGAGCUUGUCGGAGCAUGCCCUCAGCACCUCUGUGGUCCGAGACACCCAAGGCCUCAAGGUGGGGCCUGGUCGAGUGCUGCCCACCCCCACUGAGAAGGAUGUCUUCAGGCUUUUAGGCCUACCCUACCGAGAACCAGCUGAGCGGGACUGGUGACCCACGGCUGGGGGGAAGGAGGCGCCAAGCUGGACUGGCUGCCCCACCUGGCCAUCCAGUACUUGGCUCCAGCCUUAGUAGGCUGAACCUCACCACUUCAGCCACCUGGGCCUGAGGGAAGGGGCCAGCCUGGCUCCCAGGCUCGGCUUGGCCUGGCCCUCUUCUCAACAGGAGCAGACUGCUGUCCUUCUACCUCACCAGUGCCCCUGGUAGAGUUUUGUACACGGCCCCUUGACCCAUUUUAAGCAAGAACAGGUGCUGGUGUGAAGCCAGCUUCCUGUGCUGAAGGCCCAUGACACCCCUCUUCCCUACCCAAGGAGGGUUUGGCUGCUGGGGGCGGGGCGGGGGCUGCAGGGGAAGGGGCAAACAGCUGUGGCUGAGCAUCACCUAAGACCCUUUGGAGCAAGAGAAUGCGCUACUCCACAUGGACUCCUAUGCGGCCCGCUUCCUCUGCAGCUGGAGGUGUGGGGAGGGGGCAACCGAGGCUCGGUAAGGACAGCAUUUGAAGGCCCAGGGGCCCAGUAAAGUGCACUUGACAUUCCGACUCCCUAGUGUCUGUGAGCGGCUGCAGUCCCUGCCUGCCUUCCACCCGGGUGGGGAUGGAGAUGGGAGCUGAAUG